AUGGAUGCUUAAUUUUACUGUCAAACUCAAAAUCAAGACCCAUUCUACUUCUAAAAGUAACAACUUUAGUAAAGAUCACUUGAUUAGGAGAUCUUAGACUCUUUUAUGCAAAGACUGCAGUGCCCCUUAGAUGUAGAUUUCAACUUCAGCCUCCUCUAAAAGGUUUAACACUCUAUUUUCAAUAACAAACAAAACCAAUUAAUUGAGAAUUUAAAGAGCUACUUCAAAGAUCAAAACGAAGCACUCUUUGAGUAAAUAUAAAUACAGGAGUGGGAUAACCAAAAACUUCAGGAUAGCCUUAUGAACAUUAAUAGAAGAUAGCUGAUGAGAGCGUAAUAGCUAGUGAGAGAGGGAAUGGAGGAGGAGGCAUUUCAUAUUGCCUGCUAAGUUAAUGAUAGAAUGAGUAAAGCAUUCAGCAAUGCUCAGACUAUUCUUGAAGAGUUGUAUGGGAAAAUAAGAAAUGCAGUCAAAUAUUCUGUUCAAAGCAUAUCUUCAUAAAUUAUCAAGGACUCAAGCAUGACUGAGUUGCUGACAGUAAGACCGACCUAAUAAAUUAUCAAGAUAGAUUAACAGCACUUCAACAAAGACCCCUAAUUUUUGAAUGAUAGUAACCAAAAUUAGUUCAAUGCUUAGUUGGUAAACCAAGACUCUCUAAUGAUGGAUCAAUAAGAUGAAUUCGGAAUACAAUCAGUUAAAGAUCUUUAAAUGAAUAGCAACAAUCAAGGGUAUAACUUUCAAGUCAAAGUUGAAUAGGAAAAAAUAGGACAUUCAAUCAAUAGUUAAUCUGAGACCAAGAUUGACUUUCUAAACAAGAAAUUUUAGGGACAUUUCAGAUAACAGUCAUAAUAAAGUUUAUUAACCCUAAAUGGGUUUGAGGAAGCAGACCAAUUCAUUAAAAAUAAUCUUAUCUGCUAUUAGAACUUUAGCAUAGUUUCAACAUAGAAUUUCAACAUAAAUCAAAUAUUCGUUCUAACAUAGAACCAAUCUUAGGGAGAUAUUAGAGUUUAGUCUGUGAAACUUAUAAAUUGUGAAACAUCAAAUGUUAAAUUUCUGUUUACGCAGAUAGACAGACAUUUUCUAAUGAUAACUGUGUCACUACACAUCACAACCAUUAAGAUUAGAAAUAUACUUGUUGACAGCAGAAUAGGCCAGAUAAUCAGUAAGAAAGAUUAGUUGAGCCCCAAUCCCUCUGGGUUCAAAUGCUAUUAUAGUCAGCCAUACUUUUGUAUGCUCUUUAACAUGGCUAAGUUAUUAGUCGUUGAUAUUUAGGAAAUAAUAAGGAAUCCUUAGCAGAAUCAAAUAGAAUUCAAUGAGGUUUAGACAAUGAUCAAUAUCUAAAGUAUCAAUUAAUCAAUAUUGUUUACUAAUCUUAGUGGGAAGGAGCCUACAGAACUUAUAGGAUUCUUACUUGAUAAGUAAAAGAUGCAAACUGAGUUGCAAGAAUUCACUAUAGAGUAUAUGGGAAGGUAAUCAAUUAGAAUAUUUAUGCUCUUGACCAUAGAUCAGUUUUAAUUUUCGGUGGGUAUAAUGAAGAACUAGAUGAGCUCACAGAUCAUUAGAAUAGAAUAUUAACUCAGUAUGAAAAUCUGCAACUUUUGA